AUGUCUCUCUCUUUUCCUCUUUCUCUUACCUUUCUUUCCCUAUCUUUCUUUUCCUUUCCUCUUUCAUUGAUAUGGAAUGAAAGAGGAGGUGGAAAAGAAACUUCUUACCUUUUUUCCACAUCACUUUCUUUUCUACCUUCUCUUUCAUUCCAUAUCACUCUUUUCCCCUUUCUUUUACCCUUUUCCCAUAUCACACAUUUUUCUUCCUUUUCUCUCUUUUCUCCCUCCUCCUCUUACCUUUCUUUUUAUAUCACUUUCUUUCCCUCUUUUUCUUAUCUUUCUUUCUAUAUCACUCUCUUUCAUACCACAUUCUUUUCCAUCCUGCGCUCACUCUUUUUCUCUUCAUUUCAUUCCUUUCCAAUAUUUUCUUUCUGUCUUCCAUAUUCUUUUUCACAUCUCUUCAUUUCAUUCCUUUCCAAUAUUUUCUUUCUGUCUUCCAUAUUCUUUUUCACAUCUCUUCAUUUCAUUCCUUUCCAAUAUUUUCUUUCUGUCUUCCAUAUUCUUUUUCACAUCUCUUCAUUUCAUUUCCUUUCAAUAUUUUCUUUUCUGUCUUCCAUAUUCUUUUCUCAUCUUUCAUUUAAUUCCUUUCCAAUAUUUUCUUUCUGUCUUCCAUAUUCUUUUUUCUCUUCUUUUCAUUUAAUUCCUUUCCAAUAUUUUCUUUCUGUCUUCCAUAUUCUUUUCUCAUCUCUUCAUUUCAUUUCCUUUCCAAUAUUUUUCUCUCUGUCUUCCAUAUUCUUUUUCAUCUCUUCAUUUCAUUCCUUUCCAAUAUUUUCUUUCUGUCUUCCAUAUUCUUUUUUCAUCUCUUCAUUUCAUUCCUUUCAAUAUUUUUCUUUCUGUCUUCCAUAUUCUUUUUCACAUCUCUUCAUUUCAUUCCUUUCCAAUAUUUUCUUUCUGUCUUCCAUAUUCUUUUUCACAUCUCUUCAUUUCAUUCCUUUCCAAUAUUUUCUUUCUGUCUUCCAUAUUCUUUUUCUCAUCUUUUCAUUUAAUUCCUUUCCAAUAUUUUCUUUCUGUCUUCCAUAUUCUUUUUCUCAUCUCUUCAUUUCAUUCCUUUCCAAUAUUUUCUUUCUGUCUUCCAUAUUCUUUUUCUCAUCUUUUCAUUUAAUUCCUUUCCAAUAUUUUCUUUCUGUCUUCCAUAUUCUUUUUCUCAUCUCUUCAUUUCAUUCCUUUCCAAUAUUUUCUCUCUGUCUUCCACAUUCUUUUUCUCAUCUCUUCAUUUCAUUCCUUUCCAAUAUUUUCUUUCUGUCUUCCAUAUUCUUUUUCUCAACUCUUCAUUUCAUUCCUUUCCAAUAUUUUCUCUCUGUCUUCCACAUUCUUUUUCUUAUUCUCUUUCUGUUCUUUUCUUUCAUUCUCCAUGUUACUGCCAUUUAUUUGAAUUAG